CAACAACUAAAAACCAAGACCUUCAUUUUCUCACAUUUCCAAUUCUAAUCAGCUCAUCACCACCAAAAACCUCUCCAAUUUGAUUCUGCAAUUGUUUCAAAAUGCAAGCUAUUUCGGUUCCGGUUUCGUCUCCGAGUUUGGAUUCUUACGUCAAUUCAAAGAACAAUUUCGAAUACUCGCAGCUCUCUGCGAAUUUCACCGCUAGUGUCAAAGUCUCAGAGGACGUAAAACGCACAGCUUCAGGUGAGGAAGAGAAGCCAGAGAAGGAAGCUCAAAAUGACGUCGCUGCUGCUGUAGAUGAGGACGAGAUAGAAGUAGAAGAAGAGGAAGAGGAGUUCUCGUUUUUCUGCACGAAUCCCGACGGAUCACCGAUUUCCGCCGACGACGCGUUCCAGGACGGCCAGAUCCGGCCGGUGUAUCCGAUUUUCAACCGGGAUCUCCUCUUCGCCGACGCCUACGACGGCGAUUCUUCUUCCCGCCAGAAAGAGGCUUCCUCUUCUUCGUCUCUAAGGCCGCCAUUGAAAAAGCUCUUCUUCGAAGACCGCGACGCUCCAUCGUCGUCGGCCUCCGAAUCCGACGAGCUCGAAGCCGUCCCGGAGGGAAGCUACUGCGAGUGGUCCAAGAACGCCAAGGAAGUCUCGCCGGAGCUCCGAAACAACAAGAGCAAUUCCACCGGGUCCUCCAAGCUCUGGAGAAUCAGGGACUUGGUUCCUCGGAGCAACAGCGACGGCAAGGACGCGUUCGUGUUCCUGAACCCUAAUUCGGCGACCCUGAAGCAAAAUCAAGCAGCGGCGGCGGCGGCGGCGGCCGCGAAGGCCGCUAAGAGCGUAAAGCCGGUGGAGAAAGCUCAGGGGCAAAAGGUUAAAAAGGCCGAAACGGUGUCGUCGGCGCACGAGAAGCAUUACGUGAUGAACAGAGCGAAGAAGGAAGGGGAUAAACGACGGUCGUAUUUGCCUUACAGGCCGGGGGUGGUCGGUUUCGGGUUCUUCACCAAUGUGAACGGGUUGAGCAGAAAUGUUCAUCCUUUCUGACAACCACCGCGUAGCAGUGAUUAACAAAAUUAGUUUAUUUAUUUUUUUGUUUACUUGGUUUCUCUCUUCUUCUUUUUUUCGAUUAAUUAAUUCUAUGUAAAUUAUUGAGUUUUAGAAAUGUGGAGUUUCUCCUUUGAUUUUUGGAAAUUGCCAAUACAUAUUAGACGUGGUGAUACAUUUCUACUUGAACUAAAAUGUGUAUUUGCUCUUGUAAUUAGAAGAAAACUGAAAAAUAUCGAUACUCUAUUGGUUUCUUA